GGGAGGCUCAUUCCGGGACAAGAGGAAGUCAGUCCCUACUCCCUGGGCCUGGGCUUCUCUGUCCCCUGCCCAGAGGAAAGGGGAAGCCAGAGACCCCUUUGGGGGCCCAGCCUCCCAAUUCUUCCCAGCAGAGGAAACCAAGGCCAGGGCAGCUGUGAUUGCUCCCAGACCAUCUGCUUUAUCCGAAGAUUUUCUGCUGCUGAGGAAGAGCUAGGAAGCUCAAACACCAUCUUGUCUGGGUCCAGCACAAGUGAACUUGGAAGCGUACUCUCUUUCCUGGCAGAUGGGGAAACUAAGUAAGACUCAAGAAGGUUGAGGGACUUGCCUAUGGCCACACAGCCAGGAGGCAGCAGAGCUGAGGUCAGAACUGGAGUCUGGGACCAGGUCUCUCUAGGGGAGAAUGGCUCAGGACCUCAGCGAGAAGGAGCUACUGAAAAUGGAGGUGGAACAGUUGAAGAAGGAAGUGACGAACCCAAGAGCUCCAAUUUCCAAGACAGGAAAAGAAAUCAAGGAUUUUGUGGAGGCCCAAGCAGUAAACGAUCCCCUUCUCAAAGGCAUCCCUGAGGACAAGAAUCCCUUCAAGGAGAAAGGCGCCUGUGUGAUAAACUGAUGGCACCGAGGCCCCUUGCCCUAAACACCUGUCUCUCCUAAGCCCCACUCCUUACCCAAAGCCAUCCCAGCACAAACCCCCAGGGAACCAGUAAGUCUUCAUCUUCUCCCCAUCUCCUCAGAACCAUGCCCCAGCUCCCUCAGUCACAGGAAUAAAGAUAUCCGGCUGAAUGCAAAGCGAAUCUAUUCUCCAAUCUCAUUUUCAACUCUUUUCUCCUAUCAUCUCCUCUACCUGCCGGAUCACUGCUAGCCUCACUUGGAAACAUUCUUCACUGGCUUAGCAGUUGGAGCCAUAAGUGGUGGGGCCUGGAGAGCCUGAGAUACCCUGAGGCCCCAGAAAGCAGUCCUGAGGAAACAUUUACUUCUCUUUAGAACCAUUCUCAUCUCGUCCCUCCACUGGUAAAAACUGUUUCCACAUCAGAGUAGUUUGGAGGCCGGGGCUGGGGGUGGUUGCUUUUCUCCCAUCUCAUGUCCUAUCUUAUGGUCCUCCACCUAGUUGUUUAGAUCACUCCAGAUGGCCUGAUGACAAAAAGAGUUUGAAAGUCAUUACUUCUUGAUUUAUUUAAUAUCAUUGUGUGCCUAUUAUGUUCUGGGCACUAGGAAUGGAAGAUUGAACAAGACUAACGUGGUUUUCACUUCCAUGGAAUUUAGCCAAGAAGACAUGGAACAAGCAAUUUACAAUUAAGUCAAUAGGUGAUACUACGGGGAAA